AUGUCCGGCGAUGGGGAGACAAGUGAUCAGUUUGCCAGCGUGGAGAGGAGACAGAAUCAGGUUGCUGCGAGCUCGCGCCCAGGAAGACCCCCCAAGCGUUCACUGGGAGUGGCGAUACAAGAGAAUGCGCGCCUGCUGCCCCAUGGAGUUCCAGGCCUCUUAUCACCAGGACUGAUCUCUCCGACAGGUCUGACAGCGGCUGCCAUGGCAGAGGCUAUGAAGUUACAGAAAAUGAAACUUAUGGCAAUGAAUAGCCUUCAUGGAAGUGGAAGUCAAAAUGGAACAGAAUCAGAAAAUGAGGAGCUGAAUUCUAAUGCAGGUGGGAGUGAAUCCUCCUGGGAUAAAGACAAGCUUCAGUCUCCCAUUACAACAGGAUCGCAGCACAGCAUUGGGCAUCCCACGCUGUCAGGGCAGUCAAGCCUUGGAAGCGCGCACCCGCUCAGUCCUCUCCAGCAGAAUCACCUGCUCACCAACAGGAUAGACCUGCCGUUCAUGAUGAUGCCCCACCCUCUGCUUCCCGUCAGCCUACCUCCCGCUUCGGUUGCGAUGGCAAUGAAUCAGAUGAACCACCUCAAUACGAUAGCUAACAUGGCUGCAGCAGCCCAAAUGCACAGUCCGCUUUCCCGGGCAGGGGCCUCUGUGAUAAAGGAAAGGAUUCAAGACAGCCCUUCUCCAGCUCCAUCCCUAGAAGACAGCCAGCGGCCUGGGAGCCACGCGUCCUCCCACCAGAGCAGCAGCGUGUCCAGCUCGCCGUCCCAGUUGGACAACACACCAGACAGAAUUGCGAUGCUGACCAACAGCAGGGAAGGAGAACUCAUUGAUCAAGAAACUGGGACCAGCCUAAAAAAAAUACAAAAGGAGAAAGAAGAGGUCCAAAUUGCCAUUCCAAUAAUGAAACCAACCUUAGAUAAAGUCCAACUGGCUGGACAGGCCUUGCCUCCUGGAUUUCCGGCGCCGUUUCUUUUUGCUGAUGGUCUUUCAUCAGUAGAAACGCUAUUAACCAACAUUCAGGGCCUGCUGAAAGUGGCUGUGGACAACGCGAGAGUCCAGGAAAAGCAGAUACAGCAGGAAAAGAAAGAGUUAAAAAUGGAGCUUUGUAGGGAGAGAGAACUAAGAGAGAGCUUGGAAAGACAACUCACAGCUGAGCUGCAAAGCAGAGCAACAAUUCAGAAACGCUUGAAGAAAGAAAAAAAGGCAAAGAGAAAAUUGCAGGAAGCUUUGGAAUUUGAAUCAAAGAGAAGAGAACAAGUGGAACAGGCGCUGAAACAGGCCACAUCAGGUGACGGUCUCAGGAUGUUGAAUGAUGCUGGAAUCCCCGAUAUGGAAAUAGAACACAACGGAACCCAACACGACAGUGCAGCCAUGCAAGAAAACAGAACAUACAUCAAGCCUACUAUUAUGUACUGAAGCAAACACCUAUUGUUGAAAAAUGUAUAAUGAUCACUAUUUGAAGACUAUAUAGUUCAUGAGAAACGUCCCUCCCAACCUUUGAUGCCUUCAGUACUGUGUGAGGAACAGGAUUUGUAGCAUGAAACUUGAAGGACAAUUUCCGGCAAUUUACUGUUGCUGCAUCGAAAACUGCCGUAUUGUCAUUAAGAAAUAUUGAGACUUUUUACAAGCUUACCAUACCAAACCAAGCCCGUUGCAACAGAUCAUUUUUAGGUCCCCGGAGAUAGAAAGGAGUUUUAGUAUUUUUAAGCACAUACAGGAAUUAUUCACCCUUUCCCCCCAAAAAAAGAACCUUUUUUUUUUUUUUCUAAGGAGGUAGCGAUUACUGUAUAGCAAUGGCACAAUAAUUUUAAGCCACAAAGGUCCUCACUGGCUGUACAUCACACCAGUCCGGUUUAUCACUGAAACUGUUCAACAUGGAGCUGUUUCGAUUGUGUUUAUAAAUUAAGCUUUGUUUACUGAAGCAGAUACUCGAUAUAUAUUACGUUUUAAAAAGAAAUGUGUGUACAUUUUUUAAAAGAAUGAUGUAAAAAUUGUCCUUUCAUUAGAUGACCAAUUCAAAAGUGUGAGCUAAACCCUAAUAGCUGACGUAAUACGAGGAUUAUAAUUGAUGCUUUUUUUUAUGCUCAGUUCAGCUUGGCUUUUGGUCUUUUAAGAUGAAGAAAUGAAUAUGCAGUAGAGUGUUAGAUAAUGGAAACUUUUAAGUAUGGUUUCUCUGUUGUACCAUAUUAAGUUAAAGUACACAUUCUUUGUUAAAAAUGUUCUUGCUAAAAAUACAGUAUUAAAAAUUUUUUUGUUUGA